UUUUCACUUUUUUUUCACAAAUAAUUUGUGAGAGAGAUAAGCGGAUAUUUCUCAAAAUCACAACAUUGUAUGGUGCAUGGCUGGGUUUUUUCUCUUUAAAUGGCAGAGAUUGAUGUAAAAAAAAAAUGAUUCAAAUGUAGUUGAUUUAAUGUUCGUACUGCCUUUCUGUUCAGGCAGACUUUGGGUAUCAUGUUGUGUUUUAAUCCUGUUUUUUUAUCUGCUGUCACUGUAUAUUUCAUCUGGGUUUUAUUUUUGAUUUAUUUGUUUUAAUUUGUAUUUUAUUUUGAUUGUGAAUCACUUUGUGGCUGGCGUCUGCUAAAAGCGUUAUAUAAAUAAUCUUUGCUUGCUUGCUUGCUUGCUAAUGUAUCGGGUUUUUUUCGUUACAAUUUUGAGGGUGGCACUUUUAUUCUGAAGUAUUCGAGCCGGAAGUCUUUCUGUUGUUUGCGGACAACACAGACGGCAAGCGUGAUUUAGCGUAAUGGUAAGAUCGUGCAGUAAGGUUCAUGUUUGGGCUUGUGUUAACUGCAUAGUAAUGACAUAUUCUGGUGCGAUCUGUGUGGGCUUAGUUUUACAUUUCUUCUUAAAAUGUUGGAGACUUGAUUUCAGCCACAAACCCACAAAUAUUAGCUAACGAUGCAGAUUAAUGUCUGUGUUUGCUGCUACACCGAUUCAGCCAGGUUUGCUCCUGUGCUACCACAGCUGGCUGAGAGGGACCACCAUGAAAACCAGAUGUAGUACAACAAGGUCACUGGGCUGACACGGCUAAUGCAUGAUGUGACUGGCUGCAAAUGUAAAGAAGAAAACAGAUGCAUCCAAAUUAAGUUUGUCUUCAACUCUUAUGCUUGUGUUGUUAUGCCAAUGGGGACCUAACAUCCUUACUGGAUUUCUUAAUUAAAAGCUUCUCGUGAGAGAAACUGGAAAGUAAGCAGCUGCCAUGCGGAUCAGUCUCUGCCAGGGCCUGUUAACUGGUGCCAUCAUCCUGAACCUCCUCAUCCUCUACUAUGUGUCCCGGGCCCAGCAACAAAUGAUGGAGAAAAGGAAGGAGCUGGGCAGGGGCACAAGGAGGGCCGCCCUACCAGCCUCUGGUCUGGGGGGAGGCCUGGGGGUACUUGUAGGAGCUGGAGGUGAGCCUGGAGUGGUCGGAGCCGAGGGGCAUAGUCGUGGCCCACGUGUGACUGUCCUUCUUCGGGAAUUUGAAAACUUUGAGAACUAUGUUGGGGACGUGGCUAAUUCCUUCCUCCGCCAGAGACCUGAGCUUCCCUUCCUGGCUGUAUCUGACACCUCUCCGUACCCUCCCUUGGUGCUUCCAGAGGGAGCGCGCCUUCUAGUGCUCUCCCCAAGUCCUGACCAGCCACCUCAAGCUCACAGGCCAGAGUUUCACGUCCAGACGGAGUUUGUGCUGCUGGUGCCAGAUGGGGUGGAGUUGGAGCAGCCUCGGGCGAUCGAGAGGCUGAUCAGGGAGUUGGAAGGUGAGGGUGGGGGGCCUGUGAGGCUGGUAGCUGCGCCCGUGCUGGCUCGAUCUGCUGUGCAGUGUCUCCACUUGCGGGUGAACCUCAGAGAGUGGACAGCCACCUACUCACCAGCUGCGUCUGGGAGCAGCGGGAGUGUGUGUACGGCUUUACAAGGAGACGCAGUUGUCCUCAUUCGCACAGAGGAUCUUUUUAACCUCUCUGUCCCUCUGGGGCAUCCCCUCUUCUCCUCGCUCUUUGUCCAGACAGCCUUGAGAGGCUGGAAGGUCAAGCUGCUGGAGAGCCCUUGUUUCGCUGCAAACCACCGACCCCUCUUCAGCUCCGCUCACAACCAGUGGAAGGCCGACACUCGGCUGAAGGAGGCCACCGGGAAGCUCAUGCGGAGCUUUGGACUGAAGCGUCUCCUAAUGCCUGAUGGGAAGGAUCAGUGGUAUGGCUGCAGUAAAGAGACGCCUCGCUGCUUUGGCACGGUGCAGGAUGACACUCCAGACUACCUUUAUCUGGAUCGCUGGACUCCUCCCUGCUGUCUGCGUGCUCUCAGGGAAACCACCAAGUAUGUUAUCAAUAUCCUGGAGACCUCCGGUGUGCGCUACUGGCUAGAGGGGGGGACUCUUCUGGGCGCUGUGCGCCAUCAGGACAUCAUCCCGUGGGAUUAUGAUGUGGACCUUGGCAUCUACCUGGAGGAUGUACCCAACUGUGAUCACCUGAAGAACUUGGACUCAGGCUCUCUUGUGGAUGCUAACGGCUACGUUUGGGAGCGUGCAGUGGAAGGAGACUUCUACAGAGUCCAGUACAGCGAGGCCAACCACCUGCAUGUUGACCUGUGGCCGUUCUAUCCACGCAAUGGCGUCAUGACCAAAGACACAUGGACAGAGCACAAGCAAGACGUGGAGUUCCCAGAACACUUCCUGCAGCCGCUGGUGCCCAUGUCCUUCGCCGGCAUCACUGCUUACAGUCCCAACAACCAGCGAGCUUUCUUGGAGCUCAAGUUUGGAGAGGGUGUUAUUGAGAACCCUCAGUAUCCCAACCCUGCAAAAAAGAGGCUGGACAGAAGCAAAUUAUGAGGGAUGAUAGAGACUCUUUUUUUUUUUUUUUUUCCAAAAAGAGCCUAAAAGAUGAUGCCUGGAAUUUGGUGCCAAAACGACUGCAUUGGCUGUCACCACAAUAUCACCAGUGUGAUCUUAUGCCUGGUCAGAGUUUCUUGGUUGUCAGUAUUUGGAUGUGAAGUCUAACAUUGGACUGCCUUUUUAUCCUGUGUCAAAGUAUUGACAUUUUAUUUGCAAGGGGCAUGAAUGCUUGAAAGAUUUAUUUCUAUAAAUUAUUGCUUUUUCGUCAAGCAUAUUUUAACCCUGUGAAACCUGAGCAAAUUGCCUUGAUUUCUUUUAAAAACAUAGGAAUAAGGCAAACAGGAACUU